UUCAUAGUACUUAGUGGUUGAUGGGUUACUAUGUGCUGCCGUUUGCUUCUCUCGACCCCGUUUCUCGAGCUCUAAGGAUAUAGCGGCAUACAAAAUGACAGAAAUGAAAAGAAUAAUCAAGAUGCAGCUGCAGCAAGCUCCGAAGGUGAAACUGUCCGACGGACAUGAAAUCCCCAUCCUUGGACUUGGAACCUGGAAGUCGGCUCCUGGAGAUGUAUACAAGGCAGUGUGCCAUGCCAUCGAUGUUGGAUACAGGCACUUUGAUUGCGCGUUGGCUUACCAAAACGAACAUGAAGUCGGUAAAGCUAUUCGGGAUAAAAUUGCCGCCGGACGCGUUAAGAGGGAGGACCUUUAUGUUACUAGCAAGUGUUGGAACACUUUCCAUCCUCGAGAGUUGGUUAAGGAGUCCUUCAAGAAAACGAUGACUGAUCUGGAUAUCGGUUAUCUCGAUUUGUAUUUGAUUCACUGGCCUAUGAGCUAUCAGCACGGCGGUGAGACUUUCCCCAAAGAUAAAGAUGGAAAUAUUAUUACCAGCGACGUGGACUUCGUAGAAACCUGGAAGGGAAUGGAGGAUUUGUUUGCUGAAGGCAAAAUCCGUAGCCUGGGACUUUCGAACUUCAACUCUGAACAGGUCGCACGCAUUUUGGAGAUUUGCAAGGUUAAGCCGGUGAUGAAUCAAGUUGAAGGACAUCCCUAUCUAAUUCAAAACAAGUUGCGGGAGUUCUGUGAAGCACGUGGAAUUAAGCUAACCGCAUACUGUCCACUCGGCUCACCCGACCGGCCCUGGGCUAGUGCUGACGAGCCUCCUCUUCUCCACCAUCCAAGACUUAAAGAAAUUGGCUCUAAGUACGGCAAGACAGCAGCUGCUGUUCUCCUGCGAUUCCAGAUCGAUCGUGGUGUAAUCGUUAUUCCGAAAUCGGUAACACCCGAGCGAAUCGAGGCUAACCUAAACGUCUUUGACUUCAAACUCAGCCCUGAAGAUAUUAAAGAAAUCGAGACGUUUGAUCGGGGCUACCGCUUCUGCAAACUUGAAAGUUUUAAGAACCACAUUUACUAUCCAUUCAAUAUUCCAUUUACAUCUGAGAAUACGUUGCAAAAUUAUAAGACAUCCCUCAAACUAUCUUUACAAGACUACAAAAUUUCUGCGAAGAACAUGCCAUUCAGUUUACCGCAUAUGGUGUCUUUAGCCGCGCCCGAUGCAGGCCUUGGUCUCAGGCGGACGCACGGAUGUCCACUUCAUCAGCAUCCGACGAUUAAAGAGACUGCUGACAAGCAUGGCAAAACAUCAGCUGUUGUUCUUGCGCGAUUCCAGAUCGACUGCGGUGCAACCAAAAUCGGUGACACCCAACAACAAUACUUUUACUACCACCGAAGGUUUUGCUCCGGAAGGGCAGUUACUAUUCGUUCGCUAACAAAAUCGUUUGACAGCGCUGCGAAGAUGCCGCGUGCAAAGACUAUGUCUCUUUGUAACGGAGCCGAAAUACCCGUCCUGGGUUUGGGCACAGCCAAGUGUGAAGAUGUUUACUCAGCUGUAUGCACAGCUGUCGAUGUCGGAUACACGCACUUUGACACAGCGUAUGCGUACCACAAUGAGACGGAGCUUGGCCGAGCUCUCCGAGACAAAAUCCGCACAGGGCGCGUGGCUCGAGAGCAUCUAUGGAUCACGACCAAGGUGUGGAACUCGUACCAUCGAGUCCAGCAGGUAGAAGAAUGCUUCCAACGUUCGGCCAUAGCAUUAGGGGUUGACUAUGUCGAUCUCUAUCUUAUGCAUUGGCCUUUCGCUUUCCGCGAGGGCCAUGAAGGACGUGCAGAAGACGGAGUGCCUUCCACAACUGAUGUUGAUUUUCUCGAAUGUUGGCGCGGUAUGGAAGAGCUCUACAUAGAAGGGCGAGUGCGCAAUAUAGGUGUGUCAAACUUCAACAGCGAGCAGAUGACUCGCCUUUUGGCGAAUUGUACGAUUAAGCCAUUGGUAAACCAAGUUGAAACAAAUAUUUACCUUAACCAAGAGAAGUUGCGAGCCUUUUGUGCACAAAGAGGCAUCACACUCAUUGCGUAUAGUCCUCUAGGAUCACCUGGAAAUAAAAGAUACCCCGACGCACCCAUCCCUCUCGAGGACCCUGUCGUAAUUGCUCUCGCAAAGAAACACAAUAAAACUGCGGCCCAAGUUUUACUACGUUUCCUGAUACAACGAGGUAUCGCGGUUAUUCCAAAGAGCUCUGACUCGCGUCGUAUUCGUGAAAAUAUUGAGGUAUUUGACUUCAAUUUGGAUCCGGAAGAGAUGGCCUUACUAAUGGCACUUGACAGAGGAUAUAGAAGGAGUAACUCUGGCGUCAAACAAGGACAUUUGCUGUUUCGAAAGAGCGAGUUCCGUCUAAUCACAUCUCCUUCAUUGAAUAUUAAAAUCGGAAACUUUUACCCUUUACUCAUAUUUUAUGUUGAAAGAAAAUUUUCAUGCGUAGGUGCUUACGAUGGAAAAGGAGAAAGAAAAACUCGUAAAAUCGAGAUAAAACAAAAUCUUUUUGUCUUUAUUAAGUUGGCUCUAGUUUUUAAAUAACUGUAUAUAUGCAUAUAAAGUGUUUUCCUUAAUUUAAAUCGCGGUUGCUGCCACUAAUCAGUUGGAUUGUUAUUCGGAUGAUAUUUUUUUGCAUUUUGUUGUUGCUUUCCUUUAAUUUACUGUCACUUCUUAGCAAUGCUCCUUGUAUAUAAGAACAAUACAUAUUCACGCUCGUUGCUCAUCUCGGUGGUCGAGACACACAAUGAAAACGUAUGUAUCAUACUUUUUAUUGCACAAACAGGCACCGCUAAUGGUUCGUGUUUAUUGGAUAUCGAUAUUUAACGAUAGUUACCCUAUUUGCAAACGAGCCUUUCUCAGACACUGACCUGUGCGGAAGCUCUACCAAAAGUAAAGUGUACAUGACAUCCUCCGAGUAAGACAGCUUACUAACUACACUGUCUUUUUUCGAUACAGAAAGAAUUCGACGUCCAUUUAAUACACACAAAUUUUUUUCUCGCACAAGUCACUACAUCGACAGAUCUGCCCUUCGGUGUCUUUAUAAUCCUAAUUACUCAGACUUCUUCUGUUAUUUUCAUUAUUUAUUGUUGUAAUAACGCAGCUAUCCUUCUAAUGAUUUUUGUUCUUCUAUCUGUCAUCUCUAAUUCUGCGUAUCCAUCAGUGACAUUGGAUUUGUACAUAUCUAUAACGUGUCAAGAUGAACCAUUACGUUAUAUAUUUUCAUUGCGCGUGGGAAGCUUGUUUGCUCAAUGAG